AUGGCACAAAAAGAUGAAGACAAAACGGCCCGCGAACUAAACCAGGAGAGGGAAUAUAUACAGGAGGAUAUCAUGAUCGCUAGGCGAAAAAGAGCCAAGGCAGUUGCCGACAAAAUACAUAAAGAGGUUGAUCGGGCACGCACCGAAAAGGAGUGUUGCAUGGCAUAUAAGAAACUCCUAGAAGAGGAGCAGAAGAAAGAAAGUGAGCAGAUCAAAGCAUAUGAGCUUUGCAGAGCAAAUGGCGGACUGUGGCCAGAUACCGCAGAGUGGACGAAAUACCGUGAAAAAAUACACGAAAUCGAGGGUCGAAUGAUAAAACUCGAUGGGCUAUUGGAGGCAUACAAUCGGAUGAUACCGCGAUGUGCCUGGGCCCAAAAUAUGGCUCAAGAUGUGUGUGAUGAAUUGGAGAAUGAUCUUGAUGAAUUGAUCCAACGAAGGGAACAACUCAACGAACUUUUAACGACCGCCAGGGAGGCACCCGAUAGUGAUGACGACUAG